AUGAAAAGAGCAACUAUGGCUUCUACCUUUCUACCAAAACAUUCUCAUGGCUAUGCCAUUCGAUCCAUAAGCUUGCCAACUAGAUCACAUCCAAGCACAAUUCGAAUUGAAGAGGAGCUUAACAAGCUGAAAUCAUGGGAGGUUUCAUCUUCCUCUGAAGUGGAGAGAAUUUUCUUUGGUCUCUCAGGCCUUGCAGAGUUGUACAAGUCCAUGGAAGAUCUUUUGAAAUUGCCACUCACCCAACAAGCAUUGUUUCAUCAUCACAACCAAAAAUGGGUUGAUGAGUUGCUAGAUUGUCCAGUGAGAUUCUUGGACAUAUUGGGAGAAACAAGGGAUGCCAUCAUGCUAAUGAAGGGAAACGUUAGAGACCUUCAAUCAGCACUUAGAAGGAGAAAGGUUGGAGACUUGGUGAUUGAAAGCCAUGUGUCUUCAUAUUGGAGUCUCAGAAGAAACACAAGGAAACAAUGUACAAAAUCUCUUGUUUUGUUGAAGCACAGUGAAGGGUCAUCAUUUGGGGCCUCUCCUCUUUUGGAUCUCAAUCACCAUGUUUCAGCAGUUGUGAGGGUUCUAAGAGAAGCUAGCUUGAUCACCAGCUCCAUCUUUCAGUCACUAGUGUCGUUUCUUUCUUCACCAAUCUUAAGGUCAAAGCUUAAUAACAAGUGGACAUUUGUGUCAAGAGUGAUGAGGAAAGGGGCACUUGUUCAAUGCAACAAUGAACAGGAGAAUGUGAAUGAAUUGGAAAAAGUGGAUUUGGCACUUUGCAGAAUGGUCAUGGAUAACCCAGACAAAGAUUUUGAAGCUGAGAACAUUCAAAGUGCACAUAAAGAGCUUGAGGGUGUGGUGGUAGUCAUUGAAGGGCUUGAAAAUGGAUUGGAUUGCUUGUUUAAGCACCUUAUUAAUACUCGAGUGUCUUUUCUCAAUAUAGUCUCUCCCUGA